UGGGCGUGCGCGUGGGCGUGCGUGAGGGCGCACAGCUGCGGGCCAGGUGUUCGCGUCCGCGGGCCGCGCGGGUCGCGUCCGAGGGCAUGGGCGAUAGGUAUGGUGCCCUGCGGCGGGCCCAGCUGCAUCUGGACUUCAUCCACGCCAACUCCACGACUCACAGUUUCCUUUUUGGAGCACUGGCUGAAUUGCUAGACAAUGCAAGAGAUGCAGGGGCUGCAAGACUUGAUGUGUUUUCAGUGGAUAAUGAAAAACUGCAGGGUGGAUUCAUGUUGUGUUUCCUGGAUGAUGGAUGUGGCAUGAGCCCUGAGGAAGCUUCAGACAUCAUUUACUUUGGAGCAUCCAAAAAACCGCUGUCAACCUUGAAGUUCAUUGGGCAAUAUGGCAAUGGCCUUAAAAGUGGGUCCAUGAGAAUUGGAAAAGACUUUAUUCUUUUUACGAAAAAGGAAGAAACGAUGACCUGUGUGUUUUUUUCUCAGACAUUCUGUGAAACCGAAGGUCUUAAUGAGGUUGUAGUUCCAAUGCCUUCAUGGUUAACAAGAACCAAAGAAUGUGUCACAGAUGAUCCCCAAAAAUUCUCAACGGAAUUAUCUAUAAUUUAUAAAUAUUCCCCAUUUAAGACUGAAGCUGAAUUGAUGCAGCAAUUUGAUGUAAUCUAUGGAAAAUGUGGUACUUUGCUGGUUAUUUAUAACUUGAAGCUUCUGCUUAGUGGAGAACCAGAGUUGGAUGUUAAAACUGACAAAGAAGAUAUACUGAUGACUGGGGCUUUUGAGGAUUUUCCAGAGAGAUGGUCAUUCAGAGCCUACACAUCUGUUCUGUAUUUUGACCCAUGGAUGAGAAUAUUCAUUCAAGCCAAAAAAGUUAAAACUAAACACCUAUGUUAUUGCCUCUAUAGACCCAGAAAGUAUCUGUAUGUCACAUCUUCUUUUAAAGGAGCAUUUAAAAAUGAAGUUAAAAAGGCAGAAGAAGCAGUAAAGAUUGCUGAACUCAUGUUGAAAGAAGCACAAAUUGAAGUAAACCAGUCUGACAGAACCUCUUUGUCUUCUGCCGAGGGUGUAUUACAGAAAGCUUUGGAAGAUGUAGAAGCAAAGCAUAAGAACCUUAAAGAGAAGCGGAGAGAAUUAAAAAAAGCAAGAACACUCACCCUAUUCUUUGGGGUGAACAUAGAAAACCGAAGCCAAGCUGGAAUGUUCAUUUACAGUAAUAACCGUUUGAUCAAAAUGCAUGAGAAAGUGGGCCCACAGUUGAAACUGAAGUCCUUACUUGGUGCAGGCGUGGUUGGAAUUGUUAAUAUACCCUUGGAGAUCAUGGAACCAUCCCAUAAUAAACAGGAAUUUCUCAAUGUCCAAGAAUAUAAUCAUCUACUGAAAGUCAUGGGACAGUACUUGGUCCAGUACUGCAAGGACACCGGGAUCAGUAAUCGAAAUUUAACCUGGUUUUGGAACGAAUUUGGAUACCAGAAUAACAAGGACAUGGAUAAACCUUUAGAUUCUAUUCAAUAUCAAAGAAGACAAGCCAUGGCCAUCCCAUUCAUCAUACAGUGUGAUCUUUGUCUUAAAUGGAGAGUCUUACCUUCCUCUACUAAUUAUCAGGAAAAAGAAUUACUUGACCUCUGGAUUUGUGCUAAUAAUCCUAACCUCUUGGAAAACAGUUGUCAUCAGGUAGAAAAGCUACCCUCCAUCCCCCUGGGCACCAUGAACACAGUAUCAUCAUCAAAAAAUGAGAAAGAGAAGCAACUUAGAGAGUCAGUCCAAAGGUAUCAAAAUAGACUGAUAGAACAGCAGCUACAGCCUCAAUUUAUACCAAUGGAUAGAAUCACUGAAUUCACAUCCACCAGGCUACCUUCAGCACCUAAGGAAAAUAUCAAAACUCAAAAUAUCAGGCUUUCGGGUGAUGACUUGAAGCAUGAAACUCUUUCAUCCUUUGAGCUUUUAGUCAGCCAUAGAGGCCAAAAAAGAGACACAGAAGAGACAGACUCUGAUGUAGAAUAUGUUUCCGAGACUAAAAUUAGGAGGAAGUAUGUGCAGAAGAAAAUGAAACCUCAACAGCAGAGAUAUCCAGCAGCUCUGACAGAAAAUGUCAAACUAGCUGAGAGACCCCAGGCCUCUCCUUGGGAAAUGAAAGGGAAGCAGAGUCUAAACCCUGUACAGAAAUGUAAGGCACUGAUUGAGGUUGAAACCAGCAGCAGUGAUCCAGAUAUAAUCCUGGUUUUAAAUAAAAGCAACACCGAUGUUUCAUUGAAACAAGAAAAAAAGGAAAUUCCUCUUAUAAACAAAGAAAAACAGGAGCUGUACAUUGAUGCUCCAGCAAUAAAAAGAAACUCUUCAUUGCCUAACUGGAAAAGCACAUCUGUCAAGGAAACAGCAAGAAAACUGAUGUCCAAUUUAAGGGAGAUUCUUCUGUAUUUUUUUCCUGAGUAUCAGCUACCAUCCGAAUUUGACUACACAUCUGUGGAAGAACUUGUAGCAAGUUCUGAGCUGGAGCAAUGCCCAGAGCUGACAAACAAAAAGCUGAAAAUGUGUUUCAACCAGAUUCAGAAUAUUUACAUGGUCCAAUAUGAAAAAAGACUAAAGAAAAAAAUGCAGUCCAUUAUCUAUGAAGCAAAUAAAAGAGGGGUACUUAAUGAAGUUUCUCUGGGGCAAUGUGAAGAGAAAAGAAAAAUUACUGAGGAUAAACUGAAGAAUCUUCGUGUUAAACUGGCAGUAUUGUUGCAGAAACUUCAGCUGGGUGGUCCCGCAGAUGACCUGGAGCAGAUUGACAGUUAUUUAGAAGCUUUGCUUAAAGAAGAUAAUCUCCUUUUCCAGAACACUUUAAAUAAAGUGACUGUAGAUGUAGGACAUAGUCUUCCUUUAGAAAAAAAUGAAAGAACUUCUCAAAAUUAA